AUGCGUCUUCACCCCGCUGUUCUGCUGCUGCUUGGUGCGGCUGUAUCUGCUACAACAGAUGCAGCAGUCCAAACUGGCCAACCCACCAGCCCCAGUUUUGACAAUGGCGGUGGCCCUGCUCUGAGGCGCUUACAAUCGGGUCACGACGACGGCGAGGAGGAGAGACAACCUCCUAUUCAAGUGGACGCGCUGAAGUGGGUCGAGACAUAUGCAGGCGCACUUGCCGCAUUUAAGGCGCACGUACCGAGAGACAUUGAUCACAUCGCUGAUGUUAGCAAAUUGGCAAAGGAUAUGUCUCUGGCGCACCGACAGGCGACGUAUAAUUAUGCUACUAGCGAAGCGGGCGAUGAGCAAGUGCUAAAUCAGUAUUUUGAGGAGCACAAGGACACUGUGGUAUCGACGAUCAAGGCGUUGAUUGGUACGGGGGAAGAGGGCCUACAGCUUAUCGCGAGCGAGAUGCAGCUCGACUUGAUGCGGUGGUGGAAACUGAAAGAACUCCAACCUAACGACGUGUUCGAACUUCUCAAGGUCGAAGACAGCUUCUCGAAGGCCAAGACGGCAAAACAAACCAUGCGAAAUUUCGGCGCUCGCAGCGCUCACGGCUGUCGUGGCCACGUGCUCCGGCGUUCUCGUACGGCAGAAACGCCAGAGAGACGUUUGAUCGUGCGGCUGCCGCGACGGCGAGUGCUGCGACUCUGUGCGUGCGUUUGCGACCGGCCGACGGAGCUGUGGCGCUACGCUGGAUCAAUUGACAUUCCCCUGAGGCGAGGAGUGGGCAUGCAAGAGGCGCUGGCAGCUGGAAAGCGGCUCGAGUUUGUGCCGAUUGAUGUGGUAUUUCGCUCCCAGUUCGUGAACCGUGCACGCACGAUCAUGUCGCUCGCGUUGAGUAUGCAUUCAAGCAAGAAGACUCCUGUUGUGGAACAUUGCUCGCCGCUGGAGAAACCGUCGUCUGAAGGGGUGAGUGACAAGAGUCCCUACGACUUUGUACGUGGCAUGCACAUGUCGCCGGCGCUCAAGGAGAGCAAUUUCGGCGACUUGCAGGAAGUGCCAAGCACAAAGCACAUCGUCAUGUUUGAGCGAGAGCACGUGCAAAAGAUUUGA